GCGUAGCGAGUGUUGAAUGCAGACAGAGCGGCGGAGGAUGGAGCAGAGGCGCACAGAAGAGAGAGAACAAGCUCUUAUCCUCUCUCACACUCACCUCAGACACACAUUUAUCUCAAGAACUAUUUUAACCAUAUUUUAUUUUCAUUUUUUGACACUGACAUCCGCCCACCGGUCUACUUGAGCACAUCCUGUCAAGAGCUGCACACCGGUACCGAGGGGAGGAAAAUCAUCCAAAACACCUCGCGUAAAAAGCUUUGGAGCGUGGUUUUAAACGGACACGUCCUGUUUCUGUCACUGCUAUAAUCAAAAUGGACGAAGACAAUCAUGUUCCUGAAGACCUGUCCAUAGAAGAGAGAGAUGAGCUAUCAAACAUCCGAAGGAGAAAAAGGGAACUACUGGAUGAUAUUGAGAGGCUGAAGUUUGAGAUUGCUGAAGUGAUGACGGAGAUCGAGCAGCUUACAUGUGUGGGAGAGAGCAAAACCUCACAGAGAAACAAACAGAUUGCUAUGGGCAGAAAAAAAUUCAACAUGGAUCCCAAAAAGGGAAUCCAGUUCUUAUUGGAGAACGACCUACUUCAGCACACUCCAGAAGACAUCGCCCAGUUCCUGUACAAAGGGGAGGGCCUCAACAAGACCGUCAUAGGAGACUACUUAGGAGAGAGGGAUGACUUCAACAUCAAGGUGCUUCAGGCUUUUGUGGAGCUUCACGAGUUUGCUGACCUUAACCUUGUCCAGGCGUUACGACAGUUCCUGUGGAGCUUCCGUCUGCCUGGAGAAGCACAGAAGAUUGACCGAAUGAUGGAGGCGUUUGCUUCCCGCUACUGCCAGUGUAACCCCGGGGUCUUCCAGUCCACAGAUACAUGCUACGUGCUGUCAUUUGCUGUCAUCAUGCUGAACACCAGUCUGCACAAUCCAAAUGUUCGGGACAAGCCCCCUGUGGAGCGCUUUAUCUCCAUGAACCGGGGCAUUAACGAGGGGGGUGACCUGCCGGAGGAGCUGCUCAGGAACCUUUACGACAGCAUCAAAAACGAGCCGUUCAAAAUCCCAGAGGAUGAUGGGAAUGAUCUGACGCACACAUUCUUCAACCCCGACAGAGAGGGUUGGCUCUUGAAGCUAGGUGGCCGAGUCAAGACGUGGAAGAGGAGAUGGUUCAUUCUCACAGACAACUGCCUCUACUACUUUGAAUACACCACAGACAAAGAACCUCGAGGAAUCAUCCCUCUGGAAAACCUCAGCAUUAGAGAGGUUGACGAGCCCCGAAAACCUAACUGCUUUGAGUUGUACAAUCCUAACCACAAAGGCCAAGUGAUCAAAGCCUGCAAAACUGAAGCGGACGGGCGGGUCGUCGAGGGCAACCACGUGGUGUACAGGAUAUCAGCCCCCACGCCGGAAGAGAAGGAGGAGUGGAUCAAAUCUAUCAAAGCCAGCAUCAGCAGAGACCCCUUCUAUGACAUGCUCGCCACCAGGAAAAGGAGGAUAGCCAACAAAAAAUGAUAAUCCUUUAAUUAACAUGUCUGCAACCAGCAAAGCCCCUCCCUGUGUGUGUCUUGUUCUGGGGAGAAACGAUGGAACUAUGUUUUCUCAAGUGCGAAGGUGUUUGGACAUCAUUUCUUGAAGGAGCUCUUAAGAAUGAGAAAUGGACAGAAACAGACUGUUUAAUAAGGUGUCAAUUGAAGCCGAGCUUAUUCUGCCCCCUGCUGGACACAGGCGUACUUGCUUCACUGGAAGAAAGGAAAUUUGAGUCCACAAUUAUCUUCCAAAAAGAUAUGAUGCCAGACAUUUUUUACUUUUGCCCUUAUCGAUUAAUUAGAAGUACAAAAGCCUCACGUAUGAAUCAGCUGGUCUGAUUCAAUCAUCCAAUAAUGCAUAUGAUUUUAAGUGGCAGCCGUUUUAUUGCCAGGUAUUGGGCUAUUGUUUUAGUAUUAAACUGGAAAUGUUAAGAGACUUGGAAUCUGUCUACAACCAUGGAAUCUGUCACACCUAGUCCAACCCAACUUUUAAGUAAUUUAUACUGACCAUUGUUCUCCGUGUUCAUUUAUUUUUGUAUUUAUUUUUUACCAAUUUAACAAAGGGCAUAAUGCAUGUAUGGUAUAUAUUGUACAUAAUGUUUUUUCUUUGUGUUCACGUAGCAUGUCUGUCAUAAUGCCGGAGCCUUUACCCGUUAGCCUUUUUAGUUUCAUACAGUCGACAGUCUAUGAAGUCUGCCUACACUGUUAUACCCAGAUCAUACAUUAUAUUAAAUGGGACGCCCCAGUGUGUCCAUCAAACAUAUGAAGGAAAUUGUCUUGUUCAUUACACACUUGAAGCCAAACUUAACUGGGUGUUCUCAACAUGUGAAAACUAACUGCAAGGCUUUUCUUUAAAAGAAAAAAGGUUGAUUCAGCCACAUGCUGAAAAAUGUUUCAUAAUAGUGUCAAGGUUGUAAGCAGCUUGAUCUCCUUCAGAGUACAAUAAAUACUAUGAAGACUUUUUGUAAUAAAAAUGUACACAUGUAAAUGAAGUACUUGUCAUUUGGGUAAAACAGUAACAAACCAAUCAUACCAGGUCUUUGGUUGUCAGAAAAGGGAAUUAUCGUAAAAUUGGUAUAGGGACCUGUAUACAUGAGUCUUAUUAUAU